AUGAACAAAACUUGCAGACUCGCCAAUUCUAUCAAAAAAGUCUCAUCAUCAUUUCAUCAAGUGAGUGAUAUCAAGACAAAUACUAUCACAAAGAGAUUUGGUAGACAAGAUAUUGACGCUUUCAGAAGUGCUGCUGGUGUUAACACCCAUACUACCUUCCCUGUCGCUACAGUUUUCGGAUGUACAGGAUUUGUUGGUAGAUAUGUUGUUGCUGCACUUGCUGAUGCUGGUUAUCAAGUUAUUACACCUUGGAGAAGAAAUGAAUUCGAUAUUGUGAACCAGAGAAGUAUGGGAGACGUCGGUCAAGUUGUUGCUAUGAGAUUUGACUUGAAGAGAUACGAUUCUAUACUCGAUAUUUGUGCUCGUUCUAAUGUUGUUAUUAACUGUAUUGGUCGUGAUCAUAAGAGAAUUUUCGACAAUGUUACAGUCUACAAUUCCAAUGUUGAAUCAGCAGAAAUUAUUUCUAGAGCCUGUAAAGAAACAAAUGUUGAUAGAUUUAUUCAAUUGUCAUUGUUGAACGCUGAUAAAAACUCUGAAUCCGAAUAUUGGAAACAAAAAGGAUUGGCUGAAGAAGCUGCUUUGAGCAAUUUUGAUAAUACUACCAUUGUUCGUUCAGCUAACGCUUACGGAACAGAAGAUGGUUUCUUGAAUUUAAUUGCUAAACAAAUUAGAAUUUUCCCACUCAUUCCACUCACACAAAAGGGUCAAGCUAAAGUCCAACCUGUUUUUGUUGGUGAUGUUGGUCGUGCUGUUGCCAGAACUGUAUUAAAUAGUAGAACUGUAGGAAAGACUGUUGAAUUGGCUGGUCCUGAAGUUUUCACUUGGUCUCAACUUGUCGAUACUGUUGCUAGAAUUAUAGAUGAAAAGCCAGGUGGUAAGGUUAUGAUACCUGAAAUUGUCGGACAACUUGUUGGUUAUAUUAACGAAUACACACAUACUCCUGGUUGGACUUCUGACUUGCCAAUCAGAAUGAGCUUUGACCAUGUUCUUCCAAAGGAAAAGCCACAAAAUGUAAUGAGAUUUGAAGAUUUAGGAAUGACACCUGUUAUUUUAGAAGAAGCUGCUUUGGAACCAUUGUCAAGAUGGAGACGUAAGGCAGACUACUUUAUGGAUGUCAAUUAUAAGAAUUAA